GUUUGGGCCGAGUACUAUCCAGUGACGAUCAUCGUGAACAAUCCCGUGGACGUGCGUGACGUGGAUCGCUUGAAUGAGGUGAACGCAUUCGUGGCCGAAUUCGAGCAGCUCCCCACUUGUCGAGGCUCCAACUUCACAAUGUUUUGGCUACGGGACUACAUCGAUUACUAUUGGGGAGUUGGAGUGAACGAUUUCGACUUCUAUUUUGAUGCUGACGAGUACCCGGACGAGAAGGAGUUUGGCUUUAAGAAACUUGCUGGAUUCCUCGGUAAUCCGCUCUACAAGCAUCACAAGGCGUUCCUCAAUCUCGACUACAACCAAACGGUCUCAGUGCGCAAAUUCUCACUGGUAGUUGUCUACGAGAACAACACGUCAUGGGACGAUCGAAUAGAUCUUAUGCUGAAAUGGAGAGCGAUCGUUGACAGGUACCCGAGCCUCAAUGCAAGUGUGUGGAAUGUGAACGCUAUGUUUGUUGAUCAAAUGUUGAGCUUGAAGUCGCUGACAUGGCAGGUGAACAUGUUUGUGGACUUUGUUCUGCAUGGCGAUCGUUUGCGCAAUUUUUAUCCAAAAUCCGAUAUCGGUUAUAUGGCCACUACUGCAAUCGCAUCGAUCAGUCUUGGUGUCAUGGGGUACCUCUCAUUCUGGCAUCUUGACCUCGAUCCAGUUUCUCUUUGUGCGGUUCUCAUCAGCAUCGGCAUGGCCGUCGACUUCGUUGCUCACACUACAUACCAUUAUCAGUUGUCGUACCGUGAGGUGAUCAGAAAAGGUCAAGAGAUCCGAGUGGAACUUGACACACCGUACAGCAGAAUACGACACACGAUCAGCAACAUUGCGUGGCCAAUGUCACAAGCCGGCAUUUCCACCGUCAUCUGCAUUCUUCCCAUCGUUGUUCCUACAGAACUACAUUCCACUGGUGUUUGUGAAGACGAUAACACUGGUGGUCAUCUGGGGUUUAUGGCAUGGAUUAGUGCUACUGCCUGCCUUCCUUUCUCAGGUACAUUUCAACUGUUUCUUACCUUCAUG